AAUGGCGGAGAGAUUUCGGGGCUUAUGAUUGAGUACCCAGAGCUCCAGGGAAUCUCCGAACAGCUUUGGAGGGGCUUCCUCUUUGACUGAGCAGCCCCCCACCAGCAUCCCUGGUGCUCCUCCCCAAUUCCAGCAACCACCACGUCCCCCAGGAGGUCACCGACAGAGCCCCCUUCAGCCCAAGGAGUCCCUCCCCAAUUUGGGAGGGUCUCAUUGCUAGUGUUGGACUUAAGCACUGACCCAAAGUUUGCAGAGAAAACCAUGGCACAAGGAUGUUUCCCGGCAGGCAAGCUGCACAGAAGGCCCAGGUAACAGUCAAAGAAAACAAAACCGAGAUGGAGGGAAACCCAGAGGUGCACGAGAUCACUGCUCUCUGGUCCAUGGCUCUCCAAAACCUAGAAGUGACGCAAGAUGGCAUCUUACCUCCGAGCCUCUUCCACAGCUUCUCCGCUAGGAACUGCAAAGCGCAGAGGAAUCCCCACUACCACUCUGCACAAACGCACUGCUGCAAAGAGGCGGGGUUUUUCCAGGAGGAAAAGCACCAGGCCCUGUGGCUCUGCCAGGCGAGGCUCCCCUCUGUCAGGACCAGGAUCCUCCGCGGGGACCUGGAGGUGGCCCAGGCCUGGAUCUCCGUCUCCCUCCUUACCGCGGGCCCUCGUCCAGGACACUCCCGCCCCCCUCGUCGCUCCAAUGCCUCCGCCGCUCACCUGUGCUUCCGGUUUCAGGAGGCCAUGGAGCAGUUGAAAGGCGGCUAUGUGACUGAGGAAGGGAAUUUUAAAUUUUAUCCAAAGUUCCUUGGAUUCACUUUAAACCACCCCGUGGAGGCUGGGGGACACGAGAUGAGAUCGGAGUCCGCAGAGAGUUCUCCUGGUCACUGAGGGCCCAGACCCUGGGGCAGCCUCCCGGCCCUCCCGCAGCCGGAGUCUUCCCAUCUGAAGCCAGGUGCACGGUCGAGAUCUAUGCAUUUCCCUUCAGGAUGGGACACAGCAACCCAGGAAGUUCUCCCGGGGCUGACUCCUGCCGGCUUCCCUGUCCUCUGGAAUGACUGCUCAUGCCGUGCGGGACCGUCUCCUUUGUCUUCUCCACACCGUAUUCCUCGCUCGAGAUGGACUGACGGAAAAUGAGCAGAAGAUCUGAUGGCAGGGCUUGGAAAUAAGAACCUGAGUUCUGCCCAAAGCCUAAGACAUCUGUCUGCACGCGCCCAGCUUUUCUGGGAAGCCUGCUACGUAUCUGCACAAAGCUGAGGUGCCCGGGGCCACGGUGGACUCUCAGAUGCUGUCCUACGACUGGUCUCUCCGUCCUAAUCACAGGGAAGACAGUUUAGGAGGUGACGCAAUACUGCUGUAGCAGCCCUUAGACAACUUGCCUUUUUCCAAAACCCUCCCGGGCCAAGCUUUCCCGUUCGCACGCUGAAAUUUUAGAUGUUCAGCUGGGAGUCCAACAGCAAAAUAUUUCUGAAAUUGUGCGUGUGUGUGUUUCUUUUUUUUUUUUUUUCUUCUAAUUUAAUGUGCCAGACAAGCCUCCCGGUAAUUAAAACCAGAAACAAGGACCAGACUUAGACAGAGAUUUGAAGGCUGUAAAAUUCUAGGACAGGUUUAUGUAAAGCAA